UUGUAUAGUUUAAUUUGACAAGAUUUUUCAAUAUUUAAAUUGCAAAUAAAAAUGUCAGUAGUUGUAGAAACUACUGUUGGUGAUUUUACCGUCGAUCUUUAUACUAAGGAAAGACCACAAACAUGUCGCAAUUUCCUGAAAUUAUGCAAAAUAAAAUAUUACAAUUGGAACCUGUUCUUCACUGUACAGAGCAAUUUUAUAGCUCAAACAGGAGAUCCUACCUCUACUGGAAAAGGAGGAAAAAGUAUAUAUGGUAUUGUAUUAGGUGAAAAAGCAUGUUAUUACGAAGCUGAACAAAUACCAAAAAUUAAACAUGAUAAAGCUGGUUUAAUUUCAAUGGUUAAUUGCGGCGAUAAUAUGUUAGCAUCACAAUUUUUUAUCACACUUGGAUCUGAUCUUCAAUCACUUGACGGAGAUCACUGUGUUUUUGGAGAAAUAACUGAAGGCUUGGAGAUCAUUUUAAAAUUUAAUGAAACUAUAUGUGAUGGAGAUCAUAGACCUUAUCAAGAUAUUCGAAUAUCGCAUACUGUUGUCCUUGAGGAUCCAUAUGAAGAUCCAAAAGGACUUGUUAUACCAGACAGAAGUCCAGAGCCUACUAAAGAGGCUUUAAUGAGUGAUCGUAUUGGCGCAGAUGAAACUAUUGAUGAUACAGUAGGAAUGUCAAUAGAAGAGAUUACUGAAAUGCAGAAAGAAAAAGAAGCUAAAGCUAGAGCAACAAUUCUUGAAAUUGUAGGAGAUAUUCCUGAUGCUGAGAUGGCUCCCCCUGAAAAUGUUUUGUUUGUUUGUAAAUUAAAUCCAGUAACAAAUGAUGAUGAUUUGGAGAUUAUUUUUAGCAGAUUUGGUAAAAUUGUUGGCUGUGAAGUUAUUAGGGAUCGACAGACAGGUGACUCAUUACAAUACGCAUUUAUAGAGUUUGCUGAGAGGAAAAGUUGCGAAGAGGCUUAUUUUAAAAUGGAUAACGUCUUGAUAGAUGAUCGCAGGAUUCACGUAGACUUCUCACAGUCUGUUGCCAAAAUGCGAUGGCGUGGUAAAGGCAAAGGCAUAAAAUAUUUUGAUGAGGAGAAUGAACACAAAAAUAAGAAAAAAGAAAAACUUCGAGAUGGUAAUAAAAUAAAAAAUGAGAGAUCUCAAAGUGGCUCAGAAAGUCCGAAAAGAGAGCGAGGCUAUUACUGGGAUAAAGAUAAAUAUGAAUUUAGUCAAAGGGAUAUCAAGAAAAUGCAAAAGUUCAAUAAAAUUGGUGAUGAACAAAAAAGGAAUGAUAAGGAUAGCAAGUUUAAUCGAAAAAGGCAAAGCGAUGGAAGGAGUAAAAGUAAGGAAAAGGUUAAAGAAAGAAAAGAAAAAAGCAGGGAAAGAAAAGAAAGAAGCAGAGAAAGAAGAGAAAGAAGUAAAGAAAGAAAAGAAAGAAGCAGAGAGAGAAAAGAAAAAAGUAGAGACAGAAGUAGGGACAGAAGCAAAGAAGGGAGAGAUAGAAAAGAAAGGAAUAGUCAAUAUGAAUACAAAAAUCGGGAAAAUUAUUAUCGAGAUCCAAGAAUAAAGGUUGAAAAGUAUAAAAAAAAAGAACACGAUCGUAAAUCAUCGGAAGAUCAAGAUGACAGACAUUCAAAUAACAAAAAGUCAAAACGAUCAAAAUCAAAAGAUGAAUCAGAAGAGAAACAUGAAAGAAGUGGACACAAACACAAACAUAAAUAUAAAAGUCGAUGAUAACAGUUGUAUAUAAUAUGUAUUAUAUAUUUGAAAAAACUAUUCAAAUAUAUUUA